AAGGCAUCCAAAAACAUGUCUUUCAUGAAUAUUGCAUUUGCUUCUAUAUUGGCUAUUGCAAUCUUUCCAUGUUCCGUAGACGCCAAGAAAUCGGAUGUGUUCAAACUCGACGCUCCUUUCUUGACGAAGAAGAUUGCCGCCAAUUUGACCAUCACGGUUGAUGUCGAAGGCCGCGGAGAUUACAAAACCGUUCAAGAGGCCGUUAACGCCAUUCCCAACGGGAAUAGUAAAUGGGUUAUUAUCCAUGUUAAGAAAGGGGUUUAUAGAGAAAAGGUUCAUGUGCCAAAAGAGAAACGUUAUAUCUUCAUGAGAGGCAAUGGUAAAGGAAAGACCGGCAUCGUUUGGUCCCAGAGCUCCGUUGACAACAAGGAAUCGGCCACAUUCUCAGUCGAAGCGAAAAACUUUAUUGCAUUUGGUAUUAGCUUCAAGAAUGAGGCACCUACUGGUGUUGCUUAUACAUCUCAGAACCAGUCGGUGGCAGCAUUUGUGGGAGCAGAUAUGGUUGCAUUUUACCACUGUGCAUUCUUUAGCACCCACAACACUUUGUUCGAUUACAAAGGAAGACAUUACUAUGAUAGUUGCUACAUCCAGGGCUCUAUCGAUUUUAUUUUCGGCCGAGGAAGAACAAUGUUUUACAACUGUGAGAUCUUUGUUUUACAAGACAAGAGGAUUGCGAUCCAUGGAUCCAUCACAGCACAAAACAGGGCAAACCAUGAAGAGAACAGCGGGUUCGUCUUCGUCAAGGGCAAGGUUUAUGGCAUCGGUUAUGUUUACUUGGGAAGGGCUAAAGGAAAAUACUCGACCGUGGUUUUUGCUCACAUGUAUUUAUCUAAGACCAUUGUCCCCGAGGGCUGGACUGAUUGGAGCUACGAUGAUGGCCCCGAUGAUUUGUUCCAUGCCGAGUAUAAGAACCAUGGACCUGGAGCUGAUACAUCACAGAGAGCUCACUGGGUAAAAAAAUUGACAGACGAGGAAGCUAAGCAUUGGACUACCAUUGAUUUUAUUAAAGGCACUUAUUGGCUACCUGCAUGGCUUGAUUGAAUGAUUCUCAGUGAUGGAAAAUUAAGGAAUUAUGUAUUGAGAAAUUUGUUUUAUAUUGUAUAUUUUAUUAAGUUAUAAUUAAA